UGUUAAGUGGGCGUGCCCCUAGGACCACUGGUGGCCUGCCCUCACGGGUAUGGGGGAUUGAUGGUGGUUUGGGGGGGCCAUUCGAAGAGCAGAGCUCUACUUUCCGCGCAAGUUCGGUACAUCGUCGCUAGUGACUGAAUUUAGCUGAAAGAUCAGUCAAUGAAUAAGAGGCAACGUGAAAUUACUUCAGCUGACAGCUUGACGCCGUUUCGUACAUCCGCGACUUUUAGACGAGCUCCAACUCCAGGAUCCAUUUGAGGCUAUGAGGACCCAUAUUCGGUACCCAGGGACAGCUCUGCUCCUCUGGGCUUCAUAUUCGAGCCUACUGCGCGCCGCUGCGCCGCUACCGGGAGCUCCGACGUGCCCCGAUCACGGCAAAUCCGCCCCCGCAUCCCCUGUUUUGGAGUCUUUGGAAUGCCGGAAUGACUACCUUACCCAUAUCCGCUGUAGCUGGACAGAGAUCCCAGGCGCUUCUCUUUCUUUGUUUCACCUGGACCAAGUGAACAGCAGCGUAAUCAGUGUGUUGCCGUGUGUUGCUGGCACUCCCCUGUACCAGAGUGCCUUGGGGCAACCGCAAGCUCAAUGUUGGUACAACACCACACUGUUCGCCAUUGGCUUCGAUGACAUGUUCUUCUUCAACACGCUGCAUUCGCCUGGCCUCUCGGCAACGGUUAACCUCACGCAGCACGCAAGAAGACAUCAUCCCCGUGUCCUGGCUACAAACAUCACCAGCGAAGAAGCCUGGACACAAGAUUGGGUUGAACUUGGACCCUCCUUGCCAGCUGUGACCCCUGGCUCCUUGACCUCAACUCUGACCUCUGACCCAAACACAUCACAUCAAACCCCAGAUGCACGUCUCACCUGGCGACUCGACCAGGAGCAGCUCCAGGUUGUCACAGAAAGACCUAAACAAGGAGGGGUAGACAGGACGAGGGAGGUGAUGAAGGAGAAGAACAGAGGGAGAGAUAUGAGCAAAGAGGUGAGAGGCUCUGAGCUAAAGGAGCAGGCUGAGUCCAGGGGGCAGAUGUUGGAGGAGGCGGGCCUGACACCUCCCUCUGAGUACCAGCAUGCUGGAGCUCAGGGCCCCUGGAGCAAGUGGAGCCCCCUGCUGGCUAGGUGGAGUGGCGGCGAUGGCCAGCCUGGUCCCUUUAACCUGCAGUGUGUGUAUGACAGAGAGAGUGAAGUGACAUGCAGCUGGGAAAUGAUGAGAGAACUGGCGCAGUACAUCCUAUACAGGCUGUCCUACCGCACCAAACCCCAUGCACCGGUAGAGUGGUGUUGUGCAUCAAUGGCUGAUGAAGAUGAUGAAGAUGAUGUCGUGAGGUUCUCGUGUUCCUUCUCUGUGUCUGCAGCUGAGCUCCUGCUCAUGCAUCUCAGUCCAGAGCCACGGACCAAAGUCAUCCAGUCUCAUAAACACAUUGAACCUGCAUCUCCGGCUGGGCUGCAUGUGGCACUGAUGGGAGAGGACUGGAUUCUGAAGUGGACCCUACCAAAAUAUCGAACGGUCCCGAUAAGCGCAGAGCUCAGAUACUGGAGCACACACUCACCUGAGGAUAUAGAGGUCAUGCUCUUCCCCAUGGGCGUGAGUGUGUAUGUGGUGGCUGAGCGGUCCCUGCGGGGUAGCGUGCGUUACCUGGCGCAGGUGCGCAGUACCGUGAGCUCCCGUAGGGGCAUGGGUGCACGUUACGCUGGCCACCCCUCACGCUGGUCGGAGCCGGUCCACUGGACCACCCGCCCGGCUCCAGAUUCAUCCCACGUGUAUCUCCUCUUGGCUGCCAGUGUAUCUGUUGCACUGAUUCUGAUAUACUUCACUGUCCUGGCUUUUCACAGGAGGGUGAGCGUGUGGGAGGUAUCUCUCCCCUCUCCCUUUCAGAGUAAAGUGCUGGAGGCCGUUUGCCAGAGUCGCGGUGGGCACCUGCCGUCACACGCAGAGGUGGACGACCCCCACAUGAGUGAGGCCUACAUCCUGGAUAGGCUCGAGCUGACAACGUACAUGCCCACCAGUGACUGGGAAUACAAUGAUGUCACAUUGCCCCCUGGUGCCCACAGCAACGAGCCAUACCAAUGUGCUUCAGAAGAGGGGUGCUGCAGGACCAGGACAAACAGCCAGGCAGCAGAAACGUGGCGUUUCGGCAUCCCUUACCAUGCCUUCCAAAGAGGUUCAUCUGUACACGAGGGCCUCAUGGGAGUCGAAGUAUUCAUGAGUAAUGGAAUAUUAAUGUGUCUGGCCUCCAACUCCCAAAAUGCACUUCAGCCAUGUUCAGAUGGGUACCAGCCGAGUCCUUUGGCCAGUGGUGAUGUUACCCAAGAUGCUUUGCUGAAUGUUGAUCUGGAUGAUGUUAAAAUGUAUGAUGCAUACAUGGCCUGCCCAAAGUAAAUGUUUUUAUAGUUUCUGCCAUCUAAGGGACAAAAUACAAGAAAACUUGAUGUGGGAUCAGCGCCGGAUGUAAUAACCACUAGGAGCUGUAGUGCCCAAGGCAAGACUUUGGCUAGCACCCCUUGCAUCAUCCAUUCAUCAAUCAUUGUGUUUAUACACUUAUACAGACACUGCAUAGCUUUGUCUUUGAGAUUUUCUUUAUUUUGGAAACAAAAAACAGUAUUAAACCUUAAAAAGAGUAUUACAGAAGCUCGUAACAUUAAAGUAAUUAGCUACAACAAUAUAAACACAGUAUACAGAGGAGGACAGGUGGCCGUUGGGUGUUACAACAUAUUAACAAAAAAUAUUGUUGAUGGUGAAACUCAUCUAAUAUUGGCAGCUAAGCCACAUUACAGCUUAAUAACAUUCUAAACACCAACGGCAAAAGUAAUUACACUUAGCGUUCAUGCACAAAACAUGUAUUCCGUGAGCGCUUAACGCAUUCUGUUUGCUGUACAUAUCAAAUACAAUAAACGAGAAGAAACUGCAAACGCUUACAUCAGUUAAUGACAGAGAGA